UUAUUUUGAAAUCGGUUAUGAUGAAGUCGGAAUUCACCAGUCAGGACGCUCCAAAAUCAAAUUAGACUGCUAGCUGGCUAGUUGUUCGUUGCUCUGCCUUGGUUUUCAGAUAUGUCUUACAUUUUACGAAGCUCGUUAUGCCAUUUUUAAUGUUAUUUUGUAAUAUAGUACGCAUGUAUGUAUAGUGUGGUGAGACUUUCCCUAGUACUCUUCGGGUAAGAUAGCUAGCAUGUUACUAGCAGGUUGUGUUUUGGUUUGUUGCUUGCUAACUUGACAGGCUGAGUUUAUGACUGUUUGGUAAUUGGAAUAAAAUAAAGUAAAAAAAAAUAAAAGGGCAGGUUAAGAUAGCUCAGGUGCGUUAUUAAUAAUAAAGAAUGAAGUGCUAAAUGUUGUAUGAGACAUGGAGCGUCAGUCUGGAAGCGGAAGCGGCAGCAGCGGCGGAUCUCAGCGCCACUGGAAAAGAGACGGAGACUUUCAUGAUGAUGUUUACAAUCAAAAACGGUGUCGCGCUGCAGCUGAGGAGACAAAUGUCCCCCGGUCCAUGAGUACUCGAGCACAGCUCUAUGAACGUGUCUUCCCUCAGUACAGACAACCCGUGGAAAUCGGGGUCUUUUCCCUGGACUCGGAGAGAGCCUUCUUUAAUGACUCCAGGCAGCUGCGCUACUAUGUGGAGCCUGGAAAUAAACCCAAUUUCAACCUGAGGGAUGGUUACAGAGACCGCUUUAUUAAAAGAGAUGACGGAGUCAAAGAGAGACUCGACCACCUAUUGCGCUGGAUCUUAGCGAACAGAGCCAAACUUCGCUCCACACACACUCCUUCAUCCUCCUGUACACUAGGUGUAGACUUUGUCACUUGGCGAGGCCACUUAACAAAGCUGUUGACAACUCCGUAUGAGACGCAGGAGGGAUGGUUGCUGGCGGUGUCCAAGUUCCGAGGCACUCUUUACAUGAGCGAAGUAGAGACAGAGGCUGCCCGAGUUAACCGAGAGAACCGUACAGAGAGGCAUGAGGAGAUGAUGUACUGGGGCUACAAGUUUGAGCAGUACAUCUGUGCAGAUGAAGUGAAUGGUGUUCCAGACCGAGGAGGGGUUGUCAACACAAACGAGGCUUUCUGCACAGUAGUCCAGACUCGCCUAGCAGACCAUAAGCUGCUUUUCUCUGGUGAGGUGGACUGCCGAGACAAGGACCCCAGAGCUCCUCCGGCUCCUGCCUGCUACGUCGAGCUAAAGACCUCAGCUGAAAUCUGCACCCCGAAACAGCGCAGUAACUUUCACAGAUAUAAGCUACUGAAAUGGUGGGCACAGUCCUUUCUUCCUGGUGUCCCACGUAUCAUUGCUGGAUUUCGAGACCAUGAUGGUGUCGUGGUGUCUGUAGAGACGUUCCACACCUCGAAAAUAUCCCAGCUGAUUAAGACCGAGUACAACUGCUGGAAGCCGACAGUCUGUAUGAACUUCUGUAGCGAUUUCCUGUCCUUUGUGAAAUCUGUUGUAAAAGAGGAUAAUCCAAGGUUGGUGUACCUGUUUACAUGGGAACCACACAGAGAGGUGACCUACACAGUUCACAGAGACUCCCAGUAUACAUUUCUUCCAGACUGGUUUAUCAAGGAAAUGGCAAGCCAUCAUUAGCACCUUGUUUUAGAUCAUAAAACAAUUUCGACAUAGAGCGAGCGAUGCGUAAACAGCGCAAGCUCCAGCGCAGAACUGAAAAAACAAGCAUACGCUAUAUGCCCAAAAGUAUGUGGACAUUCGACAAUCACAUCUAUAUAUGCCUUUUGCAAUAUUAAUACGGAGAUGGGCCACCCCUCAUCCCCGCCUUUGCUAUUGUAAUAUCUUAUACUCUUGUGGGAAGUUGUUUAACUAAAUGUAGAAAGGCAGUUCAAGACUAUAUGCAAGUUCUUCCACAUCAACAUCAGUCUUCAUAGACCUCACUUGUGCACAUCAGCAUUGUCUACACAAAAUCCUCAUGGCCCUGUAUCUCCAGUGAUCCUAAUCUUAAUACUACAUACAAAGACCUUCAAUACAGUUGUGUGUUUUAAAGCAGGUUUGGGGAUAAACCACAUGUGGAUGUGAUGGUUAGGUGUCCACAUACUUUUGGCCACAUUUUAAUCCUUACACUUCCAUACAAUACAAUAGUACAUAUGAUUGUUCGUCUGCAUUUAUAACUAAUGUAGAGAAGCAGUUUAAAUCAGUUGGGUAUCACCAGAUCUUCACCCCAUCAUCCUUUACACAAAUAAGUGUCGAAGCUGCUUUUGUGCACAAGCAUAUAUUGAAUCCCAUUUUGGUUCCUGACUCAUUAACUGCUCUGUGCUGUAUUUUAGAUGUGUGAUAUUGUAUUCAUUUUUUUGUGAGAUUUUAUGAGCAGUCGACAAAUUCACAAUAAAUCGCAGUCGGAUUUGGAACAAUCCAAGAAAACAAAGCAAUAAAGAAACACUUCUUGACAACUUGCAA